AGAGGGAAACUUAAUCCAUAGCUAAGCCGCUCUUAUACAUUAUUCAGAAAGCCGGUUAGACACCGUGUCCCUAUCUCGUUUUAACUAGACAUAGUCCGUGCUUAUUAAGGGGAAAAUACCAGCAGAAAUGGCCGCAGCGGACCAUCACCUGUCUGCCCGGCGAGAGACUAAAAGCAGGGCUGUGAACGCUCCACAUCCCUCAGUGACGGAGAUGUUACUCGGACGUGAUGUGUAAGAAUGCCUUGUGCGUCGGCCAAGCUGUCAUUUUUUCUCAUUUCAAGCUUUGCCGCGUAACCUGCGGUGAGGUUUUGGGGUUUCACUGCCCCCACCCGCCACGCGCCUGCUUGGCAUCAAACCGCUCCUUCUCCUCCCCGCCUCACCGAGAACAGUGCUGCCUGUAGAUGGAAGCGUCCAGGGUGAUGAUCUGUUCCUGCUGCAAAAGUGACUCCACCCUCACAAAGGGACCUUACAAUCUGAAGCUAAAAUCCAGUCUCUUUGCUUAUAGGGGAUCUAUUUCCGGUGCCUGUGUCUUGUGUCCGUCUUUUAACGCUGCAGUUCUGCCGUGACAUUGCUCUUAUGCAGCAAGCGCACUGCCCGAAGCUUCUGUUACUCCGAGGGGGGGUGCAUGCCCAUCUCCCACCCCCCUGCCAAGUGGCUGGGCCGUCUAGUCGUCGCAUGAUACAGAAAGUCUCACGUUACAGUGGGUGUUGUGCCAAGUCUGGCUUCGAGAUGGAAUGCUGAAAAGAGAUUCAGCCCCGUGUCCGUGUCAGUUGGGAUUUAAGUGGAGAAGAAGGAGGAAGAUAGGCCAGAGAUUUGCGAAGGUUCUGAAUCGGUCAUGCGCUGAAAAAGUAUAUUAAAGAAGAAUAAAAUCUCCACUCUCAACUAUGGCACGCAUCACUUUUUGAUAGAGCUGUCUGUGAUAAACAAUAAAUGCCAACGGUGACGUGGGAGCAGCUCAAUGCUGCCUUGCUGGAAAUAUCCUCUCUGAUGAAAAGAAAGACACUUCAGUGCAUGAAACACACGUAAAUGCGGCAUAAUGCCUUCAAAGGUCUCCUGCUUAUACAUCCUGACGGUUGUUUGCUGGGCAAGCGCUCUCUGGUACCUGAGCAUAUCACGGCCGUCGUCCUCCUACCUGACGCAGCUGUCCAUACCCGUCCGAAAGGUCCCGAAACAGAGCAACAUCACAUUCACCAACAUCCGGACGCGCCCCUUGAACCCGCACGCAUUUGACUUCAUCAUCAACGAACCCAAGAAGUGCGAGGCGGAAGCACCCUUCCUCGUCAUCCUCAUCAGCACCACGCACAAGGAGUUUGACGCCCGACAAGCCAUCCGUGAGACGUGGGGGGACGAAGGCGGCCUAAGCGACAUCCGUGUCGUCACACUCUUCCUGCUGGGCAAGAACACGGAUGCCGUCCUCAACCAGAUGGUGGAGCAGGAGAGCCAGAUCUUCCAUGACAUCGUGGUGGAGGACUUCAUCGACUCCUAUCACAACCUCACACUUAAGACUCUCAUGGGCAUGCGGUGGGUGGCCACGUACUGCCCCAAGGCCAAGUACGUUAUGAAGACGGACAGCGACAUCUUCGUCAACAUGGACAACCUGGUCUACAAGCUCCUGAAGCCUUCCACUAAGCCAAGGAGACGCUACUUCACGGGCUACGUAAUCAACGGGGGGCCCAUCCGGGAUAUGCGCAGCAAAUGGUACAUGCCCCGGGACUUAUACCCCGACAAUAAAUACCCCCCUUUCUGCUCGGGGACUGGCUAUGUGUUUUCGGCUGACGUGGCCGAGCUCAUAUACAAGACGUCACUCCACACCCGGCUCCUGCACCUUGAGGACGUCUAUGUAGGGCUGUGUCUGCGCAAAUUAGGCAUCCACCCCUUCCAGAACAGCGGCUUCAACCACUGGAAGAUGGCUUACAGCCUCUGCAGGUACCGCCGGGUCGUCACAGUGCACCAGAUCUCCCCUGAGGAAAUGCACAGGGUCUGGAAUGACAUGUCCAGCAAGAAGCACCUCAGAUGUUAACAGCUCCAGGCGGGACAAAAGCAAACUAUUGCCUCUUUUUCUAUUUAUUUGCCAAUAUCCGCAGGGGUCGAAGGUGGAUUUCUUUUGUUCUUAUUUAGUAAAUCAUACUUAAGUUUGUUUCUUACCUCUUGUAUAGUUAAACCAUUCAGAAGUGCACUGGAGGUCACGGUGAAGCUUGUGAGUUCUCACGUAUUUUAACCAUGACGUACAAUCGAGGAUUAGCACACAACCAGGUUAUGGUUUGUGUUGAUUAUGAUGCACAGAGGUGCCAGCCGACCAACCACUACGAGGAACUGAAUCCUGGACACACGCCCAUGUUAAGGCUGUAGGCACAGGCAGACGCCCAACAGAAUAUGGCACAAAUCCAUAUAUAUACGAUAAAACAGCAGCUAAUGUAUUGCCAGAUUAGCCAAGUAACAGAAAAACCAUGGCCACCCACAAGCUCAUUGAUUUUAUACUCGUGUAGGCUUGUUACUGGGGUUUAUGUACAUGCCUUCUAGUAACAUUGUAAUGAGGAUGAUCUUUAUUAUUCUGUGAUAAAGAGAACACAGUAAAAGAAGGGUGGGGACCUGAAUCUGUACCUGAAAAGCUCACCUCCCGUGUGGUCCGUCACUGCCGACCUCGCCCUACCCCCUACAGACCCACGUGUCCUGAAAUUAUAAAUCUGUAAGCUGUCAGUGUGUGACUCACUCAAAUGAAAGGACCUGAUGUAUUCACUGUAGAGGCAACGAAUUGUGUCGAUGGAACAAUAGAGUGAAUGUGUUCUGGCAAAGAGAAAUGAAACCUGUAAAUUUAGCAUCAUUUGCAUUUUAGAUAUAAGGCACUGUUUUCAAUAUGCAAAUUAUUUUCUUACUUUUCUGUAAAUGGUAGUGAAUCCUCUGUUCUUGCUUCAAAUCCUACUCUUUGUACUACCUUUUGUGUACAAAGCUGUGUCUAUGUAAUAUAUACAUAAAUAUGUUUAUAUAUCUACAUAUGUAUGUAUAUAUCAAAAGGUAUUUUACGUUGUAUAGAGUAUAAACUGGAAUUAUUUACAUUCACAAAUGAAUGUAUUAUCGUGUAUAGUAACCUAUCAUUCUGUGCACAUUCACUGCUUCAGAAAUUAUUGCAAAAAAUAAAUAUAUUUUGUAUAAUUUGAGCCAGAUAGAGGAUGGUUUUAACUGAGACAUUAGAAUAGAGUGAGAUGUGUUCAACUAUGUGUUUUUUUAAUUCUCUGGUAUUAAAAGCUGUUGUGAUAUUUUAAUGUGUAAACAUUAAUUUAAAAAAAGGAAAACUAUCCUCAAAUGGACUGUUGUAAUGUACAGUACGUUGUUUUUUACAUUAAAAAUAUACAUCAAGUUU